AUGUAUUUUCUACCUCAAAUCUCUUCUUUUCUCCUUCUGGCAGCUACGAUCUCCAGUCAUUUGGUCAUUGCGAAACCUGUAGCCGAAGUCAAGUCGACCUCGGAAACCAAGCAGCUAUCGAGACGAGUAGUGCCAGCAGUUGUACAUCAACGCGAAGGCACCUUCGACGAUUAUGUUGGUAACAAUCCCCUCCCAGGUCUCCCAAGAAAUUCCGUGGCAGAUUAUGCGAGAAGGCGGGCGAAGACAUGGUAUGAGCAAAUUCCAAAGCAAAAUGGGCAAGACCCUGUGAAAAUUAUGGCAGUGGUUUGCGUGGAGGGUGCGGGAUGUUGGGGUGGAACAGUACCUCACGGCGACCAAAGAGCUUUGAUAACAAGAGUGUUGGCGAGUAAUGCUGAGUUCAACAGAGCUUACCACGGCUCCGGAGCAAAUUCAAAUAGGCAUGCGGAGGAUUACGCUGUUGCAAAAAUGAUCGACGAGGUUGGAGCGGACGCAGACGGCAAAUACAAAUAUGUAGCCGUUUACGGGCGUCCAUCUUUGGCUUACCCAAGAGCACAAUACCUUUACCCAUGCAGAGACAACCAAGCGAACAAGAAUCCAGGCUGUGCAACCAUGUUGACCUCUAUGGGGAUUGCAUCUACCUAG